AUGUCGCAUCCUACUAAGAGGGUUCGUGUGGAUACAGCGGCUGUAGCCACAGCGCAGUACUAUAAUACCACCGGUACGGUCCCAUCUAGUUUCCAGCUUUCCGCGGAUCUGUCAUAUCUCAUCACCACCCAGCCGAAUUGUACGAUCGCUGCUUUUGAGUUGCCUCAAGAAUGUACUGAAGGCAUGAUUUACGAUGCUUUUACGCAAUACGGUCAGAUUAAAAAUGUUCAAAAAGUUUGUGCUGGUAGGGCUGCUUUGAUUGAGUUUCCAGAAAUCUCAACACCUACACGUCUGGUCCACUGGGCCAAGAUAAAUCCCUUUUUUAUUGGCGUUUAUCGUGUUCGCCUUGAAUUUUCGUCCCAAACUAUAACUGCUCCAGCUAACAUAGCGAAAAACGUGUCUAGUGAAAACAGUAUGGCUACGGAUACCUCGCCCAAUAACGUCCUUCAUCUUGAUAUUGCAAAUGCGGAAUACCCCAUAACCGUCAACGUUUUGAAGGCAAUAUGUUCUCGUCACGGGACUCUUCAGAGAAUAUUUAUUGGGAGAUUGAAAGUUGAUAAGUCUCUGGAAGCUUUGGUCGAGUUUGCUACCGUCGAAGAGGCGAAGAAGGCCCGGGAGCAUCUUGAUGGUGCAGAUAUUUAUUCUGGUUGUUGUAGUCUUACAGUUAAUUACUCAAAAAUGAAGAAAAUUCAUGUUACCAAAAACGACAAUGAGCAAUGGGAUUUCACGGAAGUUAAGGAAGGUCUCUUGUCCAGCGCGCCUACGGGUCAGCGAACUCUUCUUCCCAAUGCCACUAAUGGUCAUAGCGAACAACCAAAACCCUCGCCCGUGCCUCAGCCGGCUCCGAUGCCUCCUGCUGCCGGCCCACCUGUGCCUCCUGUCCCGCCAAUGGGCUACCAGCAGCCCUACUAUGGUUAUUCGGCUCCUCCCGGCCAGUACAUGCAACCACCAACCUACUAUCCGCCCAUGAUGCCAGGUCAGCCAAUGUCCAACUAUGCAAGUCCAGGAAUGUCCUAUGGUAUGCAGCCACCAAUGCCGUCUCCAUAUUAUCAACAUCCCGGCUACCAAUACUACCCGCAACAACAGCCUAGCCAACAGCAGAUGCCUCCUCAAAUGCAAACUGCGACCGUCCGUACCGCUCCCCAGAUAAUGCCAACGCCACCACCAGUUCACCAUGUCACACCUGGGGGAAUCGGUGUUGGGCACUCUACUUCUAACCUCAACUCCACCUCGGUGGCUGCCGCGCGGAACACCGAUAUGUCAAUCUUCCACGCAGAGAGAGGGGCCGUUUUGGUUGUGAGUAACCUGCCGGAAGGGAUAAAUUGCGACCAUCUGUUUAACAUACUUUGUUUGUAUGGUAAUAUUGCACGGAUAAAAUUCCUGAAAAGUCGGCCUGGUUGCGCGAUCAUUCAGAUGGGAUCGAAGGAGGCUGCUGAGCUAGUAUCACAGAACUUGGAAGGGGCAUCGAUCUUUAACCAGAUUAUUCAAUUCCACCAAAGCGAACAGAUUGAAGUCCAGGAGCACGCUGGUUUGGGGACGUUACCUGAUGGUUCGCCUGUAAUGAAGAAUUACAUGACGGAUUCAAACAAUCGAUUCCGGAAUGCUGUUGUCGCUGCUAAAAGCCGGAUCUUGGCGCCAACAAGAACGCUUCAUUUCUUUAAUGCCCCUCUCAACUUCUCCCCGGAAGACAUGUGUCAUGUUUUCUCUGAUUGCGGCGUUAAAAGGCCUCCACGUAUAGUGGUUUUCACGGCUAAACCAGGGCAGAAGACUUCGCUUGGUCUGGCUGAAUGGGACACCCUGGGUGAAUCACUCGAUGCUCUUGCGCUUGCGAACCACAGACCUAUACACAUUGUUGGCUUUGCCCAUCCGUUUCACCUCAAAUUGGCAUUCAGCCCUAAGCCGAUCUCAGAUGAUCGCGCUGGACAGAGUAUGAUUAAUUAUCCAGCACCGCCUAUGCAAAUCAGUCGUGGUCCUCAAUUGAACACGCCUCGUGUCAUCACGGUUCCCCCUCCUGCGCCGGCAGCCAACAAGGACACUCCUCCGCCCCCUCCUUUUGACGUCAAGGCCGUAGAGGCUGAGGAAGCAGCCUAUUUAGAAAACCACCUUGGUGUUAGCUGCGUCAAAAGACCCAGGUCGCCAACUCCACCACCUCAGGAGUCCGCGGUAGUUGUUCAUCAGCCGCCAAAGACUCCUGAAGAGGAGGAGGAGGAAAAUGAUGCAGGUAAUCCAAGCCAGCGUGAAUCUCCCCUAAGCCGGCAAGAAGAAUCCCCCUGUCGACAAGAAAGUGCAUCGCCGCAAGAGCCGAGCGAUAAUGAUGAUGAUGGUGGUGGUCGUCGUGGUAGUGUUAGUGAAGAAGAAGAGGAGGAGGAAGGUCCGCAGUUUUUGCGCAAGACAGUCCACCAGCCACCGGCCACACCUCCGUCGGAACCCUCCAGCCCCUCGUCAUCUUCACCCCGGCGUGAAGACGGGGACAGCUAA